ACACACUGCUAAAUAGGAAGGAGCUGUGUCAUGAAGUGCAAUACUGAUUCUUAAUUUAAAGUAAACAGAGCCCACUUUGUCGUAAUCUUAUCAAUUCAUUCACUAAAUACAAUCUAAAUAUUCUUUAUGAGUAACGGGCAUUAAAAUAACAAGCAAUCUAAGCUUAAUUAGCAUGAGGUAUUAAUGUAUAUUCUCCCUAUUUUAAGUUCAAGAUCAGUUAAACGCAGUCUGAAAGAAGUACAACAAAAUGUAUUAGUCAGAAGAAUACAAAUUGUAUUUGCCGUGUGUUGCCGAUAUUCCUGCUUGGGCACUUGCAAUACUCAUUCCUCCAGGCUUUCAGGAAACUGGGUGCCCUUGUAGCCUAGAGAUCAACCUGUUGCUAUAGCAAUGGUAGGACUGCAUGUCUGCCUCACAACAGGGGAGAUGGGAAGAGAAGAGUCCUGCAUUUCAUCCCAUCAUUAGCAUAUUAGCCCCUUGGAGCCAAUGGGAUAAGGCAAGAUAUGGGAAUAGUCCAAAGGGACUGGCUGUAACACUAGCCCUCCUCCUCCUCCUCUGUACACUCCAACAACCCCCGCUCAGGGAGCAAACCCCCAUAAUCCUGAAGGAAAUCCCUCUAUUCAAACUAAUUCUGCUAGGAGAACCUAGUUUUAGAUGACCAUUCUGUGUCAAAUAUAAUGUUUGUGAGUUAUCAGUUAGUGUAUACCUGCAGGUAGUGUUGAAUUAGACUUAGUCAUGCUAUGAUGCGUAAUGGUCUGCAUCUGUCUUUUAGUUUGGCUUGUCUUUGAAGUGUCUGGAAUGCACUGGUUCAACUGGCCUCACCUCGAAAUUAAGCUCCAGUCCAAUAUUAUUUUGGAAUCUUUUGGAUAAUACAUCUCUUUCUUGCAUCCAUUUUGAAUAUGUUCAUCCAGGUGUUUGGUGAGUCAAAAGAAACUUCUGCUUUGUUCACUUGCUGAGCGUUAGACUUUUUAACGCCUGUGUUUGCAGGCCGUCAUGCCAGCCACUUUUUGUUUUGUUGAGAUGAACGAGUCGGGGACAUUUAACAUAUUGGGGAUUUCUUUAGUUUGGCCCUAAUGCUUAGUUAUUGCUGUUAUUAUUUUUGUCUUAUCAUUCAGCAUGAGGUCAUGCAUCAUUUAGGUCAAACCAUGAAUAGCAAGACAUAGAAUUUCAAAAUCAAAUGUAAAUGAAACUUGGGGAAAAACUGCUUAUAGGCAAAAUAAAAUCAUCUUUGAAUAUUUUCCUCAAGCUUUUCAGUUUUAAGGAAUUUUUAAAUUUGUCAGGAUGUUUAACAAGUCUUCAGUGCAGGGUGCUUAUGUGGACUGGUUGGUACUGGAACAAGCGAAGUGAGAUGGGGCUCUAAAAUGAUCACUCAGAAAGCAGCCUCCCCCUGCCCCCAUUCCAGCCAACUGAUUCACUUUCUUAGCAUAUCUGUGCCAGCCCAGCUGUAGCCCUGACGAUAGGCCUAAUAAAGCCAGGUUCAUUUGCAUACCAAUAGAAAGUGCCAUGUGUGGCUAGCUCCUACUGCCCCAGAAACACGGACUGUGAAGGGACAAGGAAGACAGAGCUCCAUGUUGGCUUUUCUUUGUCCUCUAAAUAGGCCAACCUCUAAUCCAAGAUUAAUUUUGUUGAAAUGUCCCACUUUAUUGAGCUUAACCAAAUCUCUGUCUCAAUCUGAAAGUGGUCAAUAUGUGAAAUUGAUGCUAACAUAAUAGUUCAUGUUAUUAUGUUAGUCAGUGGUUUGUUUUCAGAUCUUGAUCUGAACAAAGUUGUUGUUUGGACCUUUUGUCAUCAAAUUGUUGAACGACUUUAAACAAGGUGAAUAAGGGGGCAGGACCUCUUGAACUCAUGGCUUUGUAGGGCAAGUGAGAAUGAAAGCACUGAGAAUUGAGAAUGAAAGCAAGUAAAGCUUUGUCUAAAAAUCUAUACCACUAUAACACUAAUGUUUCCUAGUACCAUCUUAGUAAAACUAGUUUCCAAGGUCUAACCUGAAUAGUCCUUUGUUAAGAGUCAAAGGCUAAUGUGUAAAAGCUUACCAAAAGUCACAGAAUAACCCGGACCCUUUUUAAAUUCCCCAAGUUUGUGGAGUUAGCCAUGUCAUACAAGCAGGAACCUGUUUAUAUAUGAUUACACAAUAACUGAAUAAUCCCUUGUUUUUUUUUCAGGUAACCCCCACAUUACACAAACUACAUUACUACAGCUGUAAAUACUAAAUGAUUGCCAAAGGCCUUUGUGCCUGUCAAAUGAUGUCAGUUUUGAUCCUCAUCCAGCACAGAAAAGCUGUCUGGGAGGCAGACGACAGCUUGGAUUGAGGGGUAAGGUGGCUGAUCUGAUAAAGAAUCUCUAUUCUCUUAAGCCCCCUGCCCCAUGUUGGAGUUGUGUUCCCACUGGGACCAUAUGGCAAGAUCUGAGCACAACCAGCUCACCUCAGCUACGGACAGUUUUGUUAAUGAGAGAAAAGGAAAACGAUGAUUCGGGAUGUUAUUAUUUUUUGUGUUGUAGGGUUUUUCUCAUUUCUGAGCUUCCAUGAAAUGCAACAUGAGAAUGCACUAGUUUGGCCAACAGAGGGGGCUAUAACAUCAUGUGUCAGCAACUAUUUAUACUUCUGUGGACUACAUAUUACAGUGGUGGAUUAUGAGGUGAACUAUGAGCGCUCUGUAAUAAUUCAGUUGGAUUAGGAAACCUGUGCCCUAGUGAGGCUUUGAGACCAACACACUGAGUUGUCUGCGGUGCCAUAGUGAGGGCAAAAUUAAAAUUAGCACCAAAAGUCUAAAUGCUAUACUUGGAGGUGUUUGUCUUCUGAGAGUCCAGUCAGUUAUUUGUGAGCGCUUUGUCUGUGUGUGUGUGUGUGUGUGUGUGUGUGUGUAUGUGUGCGUUCCUCCCCCUGCUGCCUAGGAAUAUGAAAAUGGUGGAUAUUGUAUCUCACAAAAUGCCUUCAGAGAAUGACGUGCAUGUGGCAAGAAGCUUUCUUAUGAAGAUUUUGCGAAGUUCCAUGAGGAGGAAUGAACCCAUAAACAGGCCUCACUCCUGGCACUCCACCAAGUUCAACGAAAGCCAAUCAGAGACUGCCAAAACACAGUCUCCACCCACGCCAGUCUGGCACUCCAGAUAUGAUGCAAGUUCCUCCUCAACUGACCUCUCCACUGGCUGGGAGCAGACAAACCUGCACAGAGUGUCUGACCAGUUCAGCUCUCUCGGCAGCAUGGAUAGUCUAGAACAUGUCACACAUCCAUACCCCACCAGUCAGCUGUCACCUGCCAAGUUCAACAAUAGUAUGGAGCACCUUGGAGGAGGGAAACGAGACUCUGCCUACGGCUCCUUCUCCACUAGCUCUAGCACACCGGACUACACCCUCUCAAAGAGUAAUGCUGCCUCAACAGAGAAUGUGUUUUAUAAAGUCAACCAGUGGGAUGCAGGAGGAAAGCACAACAAUGGCAGACACACCCAGAGUAUGCUUGAAGGAGUCAAACAGGAUGAAAGGGUGGCGUACUUUCAGGUACCAGGAGUUAGCUUAGGUUGUGAGGGUCCACAGACUGAGGAACUGGCUGUGUCCCGCCAUUCCACUUCAAGUAGAACCAGCUUUGGACCUGUUUGGCAUGUACCUGAGAAAAAGAAGACUGCUUCCCCCUCUCCUCCCCCACCACCUCCACCCACACGCAGUGAUAGUUUUGCUGCAACUAAGGUACAUGAAAGGGGGCUGGUUAUAGCUCAAACAGAAGGACCUGAUUCAUAUGGCCCCUGGAAGGCCUCCACUGAAAAUCGCCGUAGCCACUGUUUAUCCCUGAAAAAUGGCACCGAUUUGUCUUCUGAUAAUUCCAAUCAUAACCAGUUCAGCUCAAACAAGCAGUACUCCCUGUCCAGCAGUGAUGUUCAGCAAGGUCAGCCCUCCCAUCAAAGACACCAUAGUAGUGACAAAAUUACUUUCUCUUCUCAGCCUUGGCCUACAUCUGUACCAAAGUCACAGGGCGUAGGUGGCUACUACUAUAGCAUGCAAGAGUUGCCUACUAAGAGUUCUGCACAACACUUUGGUCAGAACCAGAGAAGGAACUUAAGCACCUCCCCAUCUCCCACAACCACUGACCAAAACACUGACAGCAGUGGGCAUAGCCGAUACUACUCUGCCACAACAAGCCAGUCCACACAGUCAAACCUCCAGCCCUUGUUGGGAAAACCAGAGGACAGAAGGAGUGUCACAGGUCUUCACCUGACACAGAGUGGAAAUGAGCAGAACUCUGUUAGCCCACAGACAGCCACCAAAGUGAAGUAUCAUGUGCCCCAACAACACUCCACGCACAGUAAAGACAGCAAUGGACACAACAAGCACCAAGUUAGCACUGCAUUAGAAACCUCUGCACCUAAACCUUUCUCUGAAGAUAGGGGAAGCCAGAGAGGACAAAAUGCAGAAACUCAGUACACAAGUUAUCCCCCUAGCAGACAAUCUGAACAACGACAGUCUCUGCCACUGCAACACCAAGAAUUACCUCAAGACAUCAGACAUCAGAGCCAAGUGAGCAAUAAUAUCAGCCCUCAUGUAACCCCCAUGCUUCACUCUCUGUCCUUGGAUGCUGCAGGUCAAGAUGAGAAAACAAGAGACACAGUCUCUGACGAAUCUCUUGAAAACAAGCAGAUAAAAUGCAGUGAUCGUUUUGCCACCAUAUUAAGGAAUGAAAUUCAGAUGAGAAGAGCCAAGAUGCAGAGCAAUAAGAGUGCUGAGGGUGCAGCUAAAGAAGAUCAGGAUGUUUGGAUGUCUACUGAAAGCACCACCCCAGCCUCACCAGAUAGAUCCUUCACCAACACUUACAAGGAUCAUCUGAAGGAAGCACAAGCAAGGGUGCUCAAGGCUACCUCUUUCAAGAGGAAAGACCUGGAGCUUGUCUUAAUGGAGAAUACUGCAGUUGAGGCCUUGUCUAACUACUCAUCCUCAGCACUGACCCACAAAGAUGUCACCCCUCUGCCAACUGUUACAGAGUCAUUAACAAAUAAAUCAGGGCAUGCUACUGGUCAGCUAGCACGCAUUGGUGGCCGGAAGCGAUUUCCUACAGAAAAGAAGGUGAGAUCUUUCUCUGAGCCUGACAAAAUCCAUGAAGUAGGAGUGAAAGAAGAGCUCCUUCACAGUGAAAAUGCAAGCUCCUCACUAGACCAGCAGAAGCUCUUUAAAGAAAGUGGGAAUCCAGGGUUCCCAAAUUACACUGAAAGCUAUACUGAGAACCAGAGCGAAGAUCCUGCCUCAACCAGUGCAACAAAGAACACACAGAAAGAGACCAGAAGCAGAGAGUACACGGAGGAGACCCAUGGAGUUCCUUACUCUACCCAAAAGCUGCCCAUCCUAGAUCAGCAACGACUAGGCACCUUUGCUGAGUAUGAGGCAAGGUGGAAUAUACAGAAGAAACCUCUAGAGAUAAGAGCCUCAGGACGGUACCGGUCGGCUGAUAACAUCCUGGAUCCAGGUCCAGAGGAGAGAACCAAAACCACGUGUCUCCAUGAGAGGUCUAGAUCCUCUCCAUCAGCUGACAUUUAUGGGCAGAAGAUUCCAGUUCCUACAACAAAGUCUGAAGCAGAAUAUUCGCAGUCAGAGAGUGAACCUGCUGAGCAGCUCCCCGCUGCAACUGGGUUCUCUGAGAGAGGGACCGGUGACUGUAAAGUGAGACAAAAGCCUGUGGAGUUUGAGCAUUACUCAACGCCACCCCCUUCGUCCAUGACAGUAGCCAACCUCGACUGCAGACACAGUGCUACUACUGCCACCGUGAACCACAGCAAUCUCACAGAGUCUGCCCUCCCUCAACCUGAGGACCGCAGCCACACCGAGCCACUGCCCAGACUGUGGAUGAAGCCCUCUGUGCUGGAGGAGCCUUCCCCACCCAGAUGCCCAGAAUCAGACUCCGCCGAGUCCUUCACCAGCUCCCCAACUGAAAUCUUCACCCACUGCUCUCCUAACACUGAUCCUAACUCCGCCUUUGACCCCACCCUCUCUGCACAGGGAGAUUCUGAGCAAAGCAAAAGACUUGUGGACAAAGGACAAGGGGCAGAACAUCUGUCAACAUCCAAUCCCCAGCCUGCCUCCUCUCCCCCAGCCUCCUCCUACAGAUCUUCAGGGCUGGCCAGUAUGGAGGGGCAGCACUCACCAGCUCCACAGUUUUCUUCACAGAAACUUAGCGACAAGCCUCCAGCCUCUCUGCAGGAUGAAGACUCGCACAGGAUGGAGCAUGUGAUAGAAAACGAAAAUACUGUAGUGAAGAAAGUGCCCAUCAGGAUUGUUCAAUCAGAUGGGGUCACAGAGCAGGAGAAUGGUCCGUUUGUGCAGCACAGUGACUCCCUUGCUGUUGAAGCUGAGGGUCCUGAUGUGAACAGACGGGGCAGUCUGGGAGUCACAGGGCAGGACUCCGUCUACUGUGCCUUUACACGGCAGAGGGAGCCCAAUGGUAUACCGGCUGCCCAGACUGACCCAAAAGCCCAGAGAGACACAUACCUGACCACUGCCAGAGAUCGUAUCCACUCCAGCAGUCAGCAGCCCACAGAUGAGCCCAGCAGCAACAGGACAGCUGGAACCACAGGGCUGACUGAAGAGGACCAGAAAAGGGAGGAGCUGGCGAGGGACAUCAUGGGCAAGGACAAGUCCCUCGCUGAUAUUCUGGAUCAGAGCAAGAUGAAAACCACCAUGGACUUGAUGGAGGGUAUCUUCCCUCAAGGGGAGCAGCUGUUGGAAGGAACCCACCACCAGAGGAAGAAAGUUCCCCUGAAACAGACAGCCUCCAGGCCUGCUGAGGAAAGGGAAAAGGAGGACAGUAUGGCCACAGCUGUCACCAUGGUGACCAGUUCUACAUAUUACAGCACAUCUGCUCCCAAAGCUGAACUUCUUAUUAAGAUGAAGGACAUGCAGGAGCAGAAGAAGGAAGACUCUGAAGACGAACUGGACACUGAACUGGACACUGAUCUGUCCAACAAGAAGCAAGAGCUGAUUGACAGUCUCAGCAAAAAGCUCCUGGUGUUGCGGGAGGCCAGGGAGAGUCUUCAGGAAGACAUUUUGGACAACAACACUCUUGGAGACGAAGUGGAAGCCCGAGUCCAGCAGGUCUGCAAACCCAACGAGCUAGACAAGUUCAAGAUGUUUGUCGGGGACCUGGACAAAGUGGUGAGCCUUCUUCUGUCGCUGUCAGGUCGUCUGGCCAGAGUGGAGAACGCUCUCAACAGUCUGGAUGAGGACGCUACUCCUGAGGAGAGGCGUACGUUGAUCGAGAAGAGGAAGCUAUUGAUUCAACAGUACGAGGAUGCUAAGGAGCUGAAAGAAAACCUGGACCGCAGGGAACGUGUGGUUUAUGACAUCCUGGCCAACUACCUGCAGGAGGACAGCCUUGCAGACUACGAACACUUUGUCAAAAUGAAGUCUGCGCUUAUCAUCGAGCAGCGCAAGCUUGAGGACAAAAUCAAGCUUGGUGAGGAGCAGCUCAAGUGUCUGAUGGACAGUCUGCCCAUUGAACAGAGACUGUCCUUGUAAAGAAGUCAGACAGAAACUGAUGCAGUUUUUCCAAGUUACAGUUGAGCCCAGUGUUCGAUAGAGGGAGACAAAGAUGAGAGCCUGCAGAGAAAAUCAGCAUGUUUGGCUCCAGGCCUGUUGCAUUUUCCUUCCACUUCACUUCUCCUGAACUGAACUGUCAUAGCAUCACCUGGACUGACAGCUUUCAUAAGAAACUCCUUUUUGAAAGAUGCUGCUUUUCCUGGCAUCAGCCAACCACUGUAUCUAAUGUUUUUCAUGCCAUUCUGUUUUGUUUUUAUUUUGAUGAUUUUUUUUUUAGUAAUUUAUUGUAGCCUUUUGAAUCCACACAGAAGGGGACAGUAUUUUAUCUUCGGCAGAUUUGAGCAUCCACGCUGUCUGUUGUCUGUUACACGCUGAGCAUCUAGGAGUAUUUACCAUGUUUUGUGUUUAAAUAAUUUCACAUUCUAAAUCCCUUUUCACAUGAUCCAUAAAAAUCUGGCCAAAUAUUUCAAUAAAAAGAAACCUUUUUGGUAGCUUUCAUAUAUAGUAUAAACUAGUGGCCUUUUACUAUGUGUUUUAGUGUCUUUGCCUUCCUUACUGAGGAAGCUUUUUUUCUGCAAUAAACACAAGAAGAUGGUGGGAUGUUGGUGCACCAGCCCUGUGAAUGAACUGAUCAUUCUGAAGAGCACUUGUUCAACUUCACUAACCAGAAGAAACACAUCACAUUCAGACUUUCACUCAAGUAAAAUUCACUGCUGAAGUGCCUAGGAGUCUCUCUCCGCUCAGUCACCCACCUCUGCCUGGUGCGUCCAUCAGUGCUGUUCUGCUUCAUUCACAGCCAGAAGAAAACUUUGGAUUAUGAUACUGUCACAUAUAUAAGUUGACCAAGCAUUUCUGUAUUUUGUCUUUUGACUUCACUGUAUUGUUAUUAACUGUGCAGCUAUCGAAUGCAUAGUUACCACAGAUGUUACCUGACUUUAGGUAAAUUUCAACACAAAAAAAUUGUUCAGGUUAAUUUUUUUGCGACCAAAUAUGGAACAGAAUCUCUCCAAAGCAUUAUGACCAGCUUGAACAUUAGUCAGUCUCCUAAAAGCCAAGCCUACUGGAGGAUGUUUGUUGUGCACAUUUCAGUAUGUUAGAGUUUCACACGCUUCAUACACUGCUACCACCUGACACCUAACACUUUAUCAGCUGUGCCCCUUUAUAUCAAAUAAAGAGUCU